AUGGAUCAGGAGAGUUUUCAAAAAUUUGAAAAUCUGUGCAACGCUGUUUUCGGCAAUGUUGGAAAUGGUAGUACUCCCGAAGCUCGAUCAAUGCUUGAAUCAAUCUGCUUGAGUCCUGAUUUCGUGGAAAAGUCUGAGUUGGGACUUUGGUUCGUUCUGACUAAUAGAACCAUUUUCGAGAACUCGAAAAACAUUUACGCGCUUCAUGUAACAGGCACAUCGCUGAUCAAGGUUAUGACUGAUUACUGGAAUAACUACGACAUUGAUCAAAAGUUAAGAAUCCGCGACUUUGUUCUUGAAUAUCUAAUCAAGAACGGGAUUAAUCUUCCGAAACACGUCACCACUACCCUUUGUACAUUAAUCUGCCGUAUCACAAGUCUAUCCUGGAUGAUCGACACGCGUCAGCGCGACAUUCUCGACAAGAUGCAGAAAUUCACCGAGUCUCCCGAGAACUGUGUGCUCGCCCUCAAGAUUCUCGACGAAUUAGUCAACGAAAUCAAUCCCCAAAAAAAAAGCACCGUGCAGCAGAACAAAACGGCUCUCAACUUCCGAGACACCAACCUCUUCAACAUCCUCAAGCUGGCGGUGGACAUGCUCUCCAAAUCGCUCAUCACCGACGACGCCACGAUGGGAUCCCCCGAUCUUCGCUACCAGCUCUACGACGCUUCCCUGCAGCUCUUCACGCGGUGCUGCUCGUUCGACAGCAAGGUGAGCGCGGGAGAGGAGCUCUGGGAGAUCCACCCGACGCUGAAUCUUCCGGAGAAGUGGAUGCGCGACGUGCUGCAGAACAAGACGUUCGAGCUGCUGUUUAACGUGUACAAUCAAUGCGUGGAUCCGCUCACGACGACCACGCUGGACGCGCUGCUGUGGCUGCUGUACGCGCCUCGCGCGGAUUUGUACGCGGCGGAGACGAGCGAGGACAUCUUCGGGACGAUCAUGAAGGGACUGACGGGGAUUCUGAGCAGCAAACACGGCUUGGACAACCCGGACACGAUCCACAGCUUCGUGCAGAUCGUGGAUCGUUUCAAAGUGAGGGUGGAGCUAUGGUGA